UUAAAAUGGAUAGAGACGCCGAAAAUGUAGCAGAGAACAGGAAGUAUUGUUUUUUACUGGGCUCUGCUAUAAGGAACGAGGACCCCAAUCAGUUCUUUGACAUUUACGACGCAAUUAUCCCCAAGGAUCUUUCUGUCAGCCAGAUUGAAUGUAUAAAGGAUAAAGCAAGGGAAAUAGCUGAGCUUCCAGAAGAAGAAUUCAAUCAGCUGUUUCUCAACGCUAGGGAUUACAGCUUGGCCCCGGAACGAAAAAUGACCCACACCAACCGUGGAGGGUUUGGGGAAGGGUCGGCUAGGGCUAGGCGUGGGGAGGACCUCAGCAGUGAAGAUGAUGAUGAGUUUGAACUAAAUGACAACUUCUCUGGUAUCAUACCACCAAGUGUAGCUUUUAACAAUUGUCUCAAAGACCACUGCGGGGAAGACAUUGACUCGUAUGGGAAACGCACUGACAAUGAUUCAGGGAUUUAUAAUUCUAGCAAGGCAACAACCAGUAUUGGGAGCUACUCUGAUCAAGAUUAUGAAAGUGAAGGAGAAGAGAGACAUGGGAUGUUUGAUUAUUUUCCUUCACAGCAGGCAACAGUCAAGGUGCAUAAGGCACGUGUUGGAUGUUCAUUAGACUAUGAUGAGGCUCAUGAAGUGGAGGACUCGGAUAAAGAUUCACCACGGAAUGACGGUUCUAAUCAUUCACCCAGAUAUGACCAUAGUCUCAGUAAGCAGGAUGAUGUUGACUUUGGUACAGAAAUGAAAACAUUCCGUACAGUUCGAUCUGAAAGUGAUGAUUUCAUGACUGAUGAUGACAGUGAUAGUGAAAAAUUUACUCCCCACAGAAAACUUUAUCAAAGAAAAUGUGCUGCGGGACGCAACAAAGGUGGUGGAAAUUACUAUACACCGAUGACAAGGGAGAGCAAAGAAGAAUAUGGCUCUUUCUCCACAUCCACAUUUACAUUUGAUCGGAGUAAGAAAGCGCUCCACAACACAUCUGCCUCUUCUCUCAGAACCAGUGGUGUUGAUGAAAAUAUAAACUUUCCUUUGACAAAUACAUGCCCCAAAUCAUAUGGCAGCACUAGUAGUCAUGGUGUUAAAGUAGAGACAACUUACUCCCGUUACCACAAACCAAAAGACCUCGCUGAUAGGGGCCCACCAUUUGGUCAAGGUCAGGACCAACUUGGUAAGGUUGGCAAUUCAAUCAGCACCCUGAUUUCCAAAUCCCAGAGUGCCCACAUAUCUAACCUACCUGAGGGGAGACCAAUUCUCAUGUCGGGACCCGAUCUGGGUGUGGACAACGGCAAGAAACGCAAGAAAAAGAAAAAAGGAGCAAAAGAUGAUUUGGAUGAUAAGGGAAAGAAAGCUGACUUUGAUGAGAAUGGCAACCCUUGUCUGAGCGAGCAUGUUUCAAAUCUUUUGCCAAAAACCUAUAGGCAAAUGAGAGAAUCACCCCAGCCUGCUGAUAGAGGGGCAACUGCAAGCAAGACCAGAUUUCGUCAAAACCAAAAUGGUUGUUUUCCUUCGAAACUUGAUCAACUUGAAAACUAUACACUCGGUGGACAACAGGUGAAAGAACUUGACGACUUGUCCACUGCUCAGAGCUCUGCUGAAACUGCAAACUCACACAAAAAGCCUCGAAAAAAGGUGAAAAAGGAAAAGAUUAUUCGUGCAGAAGAGGUAGAGAACUAUGUAGGGGAUAAAGACGUAAGUGAACUUGUCAAAUUCAUUGAACAAGAUAAUGGCGGGCCGGCAGCCAAAAAAGCUGGCAAGAAGCUUAACCACACUACUGCUGCCCCCCUAUCCACAACCACGGACACUAUCACGAACUCUGUCAAAACAUCAGAGAAAAACGCUAAAAAGGGCCGAGACAAAAAACACAAGCCUUCUGUCGGUAGCAAAGUGAUAGAAGGUCAUAGUGGACGAGAACGAAGUGAAAGUGUAAGUGCACUUAGUGGUAAGGAAGAGGAAGAAGAAGAAGCUGUGGAGAAAGUUGAGGAGGGGCUAUUUGUGUGUGUCCAACAGGAGGAGGAUAUUGAGUUGGAAGCAGUAAUUGUUGAGAAUCCUGUUCAGAGCAAAGAUUCUCCUCUUCUCGUUCAAAAUUCUAGUGUUUCUGUCAAUACAAUGGGAAAUUCCUAUGGACGAACCUCAAAGGAGGAGAAUGGAUUAAUUACCUCAGACGAAAGUGUUAUAGGAAAGUGUGAAAAACUAAAUAACGACAUAUCGGGUGAAAACAACAAGGACUUUUCCAAGCUUGUCACCCAAAACAAUCACGUGGUGCAUGGUAUUGGCAAAGUAAGAAUCAACAGUUUACAUGAAAAUGAUAAAGUACACGAGGAAAAAUCUGUUAAAAAUAAUAAAAAGAAAAUGGGAAGUGUGACUGUUGCAAAUUCUGCCAGUGUACAUGUCAAUAACAAAAAGGCAGAAAAGGCCAAGAAUGCUACUGGUGAGGAGAAAAUGGUCACUGGAACCACCAACAAUGUCAAACAAAAUAACAACAAAAACUCCAAGGUCAAGGGGGAAGCAGCCCCUGUGGAGACCUCAGAAAGUGAAGGGAAAACGAAGUCAGACAUUUUCAAGGCAACACCAUCAAAAUCUUCUGAUGCCUCUGAUGCAGCUGUUAAAAUAAAAAACAAUAUGGUAGUAUCAAAGGAAAAUUAUGAUAACUAUAUUUUAGACCUUGACCUGCCAGCUGUAGAGCCAGAGUUUACUGUUGUUGGUAAGAAAAAGAAACGUCCAGUGACUGCCACAGUACACACUACACCUCAGAUGAUCAAAGAACCUAAUAACCACAGUAUUAAAAAUGGCAAUGUGCAUGCCCCUCUAAGGACAGUAGGACGUGUGGAACGUCCUCGUAAGCCGGUGCCACGAUCAGUAACCCCUCCGCCACGUAACAGUCUGUCCACUUCAGACAGUAUUGACUCUGAAAGGCUGCGUGAUCUCAGCCCCUCGUCAUUCCCAGCUCUGAGCAGUUCAAGCUCCAGCAUCAACUGUGGCCGUCAGACAUUCAGGGAGGGCCGACGUAACUCCACAGGGGAUGUCCCUUGUAAGGAAAUUGUUCUAAAGGUCCAAGAUGAUAGCAGUGACAUUGAGUCAGUCAAAUCACUCCCUGUGGCCCAGGGUGGCCCACACCUUCCAAUUUCCUAUGCUAAGAUGGCUGCCUCACCCAAGCCUAGCAACACUUCACUUGCUGGCAGCAGUGGUGAGACAGAAGAGAUGGACGAUAGUUUACAGGAAGCUAACAAGGAAUGGAAAUGUGCUAAUUGGAAGGGCAGCCCAACAGAAAGGAGGCAUUCCAUAGGCUCAAGUCCUGAAAAUAAUGUGAAGGAGAUAGACAAUGUUCUUCCAACCCGUCAAAAAUAUGGUGGCAGUCAGGAGGUUCUUGUCACCCCUGGGGAGGGUGAGGAUGGUUCAAGUGCUCAUGGAAAUGAGGAAGCAGUGUCCCUCGUUGCUAGUCCUAGUGCUUCUCUCAUGACAGAGGACCCCUUAGAGGCAGUGCUGCCCUCAGCUAGUUAUCCAGUUUGUAGUAAAGUAAUAUUUGGUGAUGUGACAAUGGCAAAUGUUUCACAUAGUUACAAAAAGACAAAUUCACUGUCAGACCAUCAGGUUUCUGUUUCAUCCUCUACAACCUUUCAAAACACUCUGCUGCCAGGGAACGUCAGUAUGGUCACACCCACUAGUGGGAAUGGUGAUUUUGGGUGUGCUCCUUCCCCUGCUCUAGAGGUUGUGAACAGUGUCCCAGGAGAUUGUAUUCAAGCCCUGAAGGAACCAAGCCCCGAGUGUAGGGGUCAACAAACUACCAAGUCACAUGUGCCUCCUACUAAACAUCAAACUGGAAACGGAAGAAAAAUCCACAAAAAUAAGUCUGUCAUUUUCUUAGAUAAAAGAUUGAAUCAGGUGCCGAAAAAUUUAGGAAUUACAUUUGGCUUUGAGUUAAAUAUAGAUACUGAUACAAUUGGGAAUUCUGCAGAACAGCGUAGUGUUGUUGAUGACAGAAGCAUUUCAUCUACUUCAUCUCCGUCUACCACCUCAGUUCUAAGUCAUCAGUCGAGCCCCAGUGACAGUGAUGUUCCAAAUGUGGAUACAAAUUCUGUGAUAAUUUCUUCACAUCAACAUAGUCAUUCAGAAACUUCCAAUGAAAUGUGUAUGUCUUCUAAUUUAACCUUUGAUAAUGAGAAAUGCAAACAAAGUGUUACAAAUUUAUCAAAAGACAAUGUAUCCAAAAUUAGCCAUUCCCUUUCAGGGAAAAAUGGAAUUAUAUUACCUAAAACAGACAACUGUGAAAUUGUUUCAUCUGCCUCAUCAGAAACAAGCAAUAUGGCAGUGCAUACUUGUCAGACUUCAAAUUCAACAAUAGAAAACAAGAUCUCUAGUGACUCUGAUUUACCGAAGGGAAAUAACUCCAGGCCAAACAGCAUUGUUGUGUGCUAUGGAGAUUCUAUUAAUAAAUUAACCGAUUUAGCUUCUCCAAUUCCUUGUGCUAAUGAUAAGACAGAAUGUGUGAGGCAGCUUAGGUUUGUUCCUGAGAAGGAUGUGAACAAGACAUGCUUUAACAUCGCUGAGGCAGUGUCCUAUGUUGUCAGAGAAUGGGACAAAAUUAUACAGCUGAAAAACAAAAAUCCAGCCGAUGUAGUUGUGUACAGCAGCUCUGAGUAACACACAGCAUUAACACAUCACACCACCCUGUUGUCAUGGAAACAUUUCAGUACAGUGUUCAGAGAAAGGAUGAGGGGAGACAACCCAACAACUCCAACCAACAACUACUGUUACCUUCCUGUAGACACAUGAGCUUAUGUCUGCCUACCGCCCAUGUCUGUACAAGCCUUAUAAUUAUAAAUCCUUAUAUUUAUUUGCCACUGUUGUCUAUUUUGCAUUGACAUAGACAUUGUAUUUUUGUUAUCGAGUGAAAACAUGCAUUUGUUCACAAAGCUAUUUUGAUGUAAUUGUAGCUGUUUAGACAGUGUUAGAAAGUUAGAGAAUAAAAUCUAUGUGAAUUUAGGGAUUGAGGAAUAACCAGAAAGGAUUGUUAACCAUGAUGGGGUUUUCAAGCUUCAGAAUCCCUGAAGGGAUAUUCUGACUUCUACAAAUAUUUUUUAACUAUUAAUAACAUUGCUCCGAUAGGAACAUGAGUCGCUGCUACAGUAGAUGCUUUGUACAAGACAUAGCUCACAACCUCAUAAUUGAUGACAUGUCUCAACUUUUACCGACUGCUUUUCAUGCAGUUUUUUAUCAUUAGUCAAAAUAAAAUGAAAAUUUAUCAAAAAUGCUUUAAAAAAAUAGAAAUACAUGUAUGUUAAUUGGGAAGUCUAUUUUUUCCAUGUCAGGGGUAAAACGUGGAUAUUUUUAAGUGUAUAGACAGGGAUGUCAUGUACUGUAAGAUUUUGGUCUACUGGUACUUUAUCUUGUAUUUCAUUGUUUUUACAGGUCUGGAAACAAUGAAAAUUUCUAAAACAAUCUUACAAUGCUAUAUUUUCAAGGAAUAGUGUGUAAGAGUUAUUAUACCGUUUAUGUGUUGAAAAGGUUUUUUAAGCCUGCUGAUAUAUGUGUAUAUAUCACAGAGAUAAUUGAGUAAGCUUGCAUUUGUAAUGAAUGAAGCCACCUUCCACUAUAUAUAUAUAUAUUAAAAAAAAAAAAAAAAAACAUAAAGAAAAUAUUUUGGUUUCAUGUAACCAAAAGAGAGAAAUGACCUACCCUGUUGGUCCAUACAGUAUCAUUGCUCUAACAGUAUAUAAAUUGGGAUUUUCAGCAAUUUUUUUUAGUAAUUAUGAAAUACUUUGUAUAUAUUUCUGUUUCGAAAGAUUAGGGUGGGGGUGGGGGAAAGUAAUGGUACUAUAUUGUGAAAUUGAAGGUUUAACCUUGGAUGCAAACAGUUGUAUUUCUACAAUUCCUAAAGACCUUGUACUAAAUCAGGGCCAACAAGGGUGAUCAGUCUAAGUUGAUGUAACUUAUUUCACAGUUGUAAAAUAAAGUUUAUGAUAUAGACAGGGAAAAAACAUUGCAAUUGACUUAAAUAGUAGAGGGUGAUGAGAAAUACAAUAAACAGAUAUUGACAAAGGCAAUGUGGUGCCAACUUAUUACUCCCUACAAAGUGUACAAACAGAUGUACAGUAUCAGCCAUUCACAUUGUUAACAUGAGGCAGAAUGGUUUUGAACAAAUUUUGUAAAUGCCAAAAUACUUUUAAGAGACCUAGGAUUUAGAUAUUCUUGUAAUGUUAUAUUGUUGUUGAAUAGCUCAGGUGACAUGGGACAUAUUGAACAUAUUAGAAAAAGUAAAAUCUCUGUUUUCUAUUAUGCCUCAAAAAAUUUACUUGUGUUUCCGCUUAACCUGACAACACCAAUAUUUCCGUGCCUAGCUGUGUGUUUUUGGCCAGUCUCAAGAUUCCUUCUCUAUAUAGCCUUAGUUAAACCUAUUUAAAAUGAUGUAAAGAUUAUCUGACCGGCUUACACAAAUUUUUCUGACAUGUUAGCGGAAACACAUGUUAUUUAGGCCUUAUUUGUUUAUAUGUUUAAAUUGAAAAAUCUAUUACCUCCCACUUAACAUCAAAGUCCACAAACAAAAAGUGUUUUAAUUGAUUUUUAUAUUUGUUUAUUUCUUUAUCAAAUGUAUUGUUUAUUAUUUAGUGAAUGUUUGUUAUUAUCCUUAACUUCUUAAAACCUGAAAUUAUUUUUAUUUCCCUGAUCAUAAAAUUGAGCUUGAUAUUUUGAGUAUAGUUUUAUACGUUAUCACUUUGUUGGGGUUUGGUCACAACACUAUGUAGGGUUGAUGUGGGUGUCAUUAUUCAUUAAUUUGUCUCUACACAUUUAAAUGAAAAAACAAGAAACAUAGAUUUUUAUUUUCAACUGAUUCAAUUGAUGAAAAAAAGCCUCUGGAAGCAGAUUUUUGUUGGUAAAACAUAAUUUAAAAACUUGCUUUGCUUGAUAUCAGAAUUAGAACAGAUUCGUUUGUAUUUGAUUGGUGCAUUGUUAUAUUACUUAUUACAUCUGUUACAAUCAACAGUUUCCAAGUCUUUUACACAAAACUGUGUCUAUCAAUUCAGGUAAAAACAAGAGGUUUUUAAAGCAUUUAUUUACAAUUUUAGAAAAAUGAAGAUAGAAUAGAAGUGUACAAGUAACGGUGAGGUUAAACACUUGUGGCAGUGGAGGGAGACCUCUGUUUUAUCAGUAACAACAUUCCUCUUUUGACCGUGUCACAGGUUUCAUCAGUAGGUCAUUAUUGUAUCAAUGUAUGUCUGUUGACGUGUCAGACAAUAAGCUGUUGGAAUACCUGCAUUUUAGCCAUAGAAACACUGUGUUCCAUGAUACCCAGAACUUUUGAUAUUUUUGCACUGCAUAUCUGAAAGAAAAGUUUAUUUUACCCUUUGUAAUAUUUGUGUUGGUUUAAUUAAGAAAUUUGUUAAAAUUGUUAAAUGAUAUAUAUAUAUAUUAUAUAUACAGGCAUGUAAUGCUGUUAAUCCAUAAAUAAUGUAUACUUUGUUUAUAUACUGGCUCCUGUGUUGUAUUCACCCGAAUGAUUCUUCAAAGUUUUUAUUUGCUCAACAAACUAUUUUCAUAACUUUUUUUCAUUUCAUGUUUGUAAAAUGGAUGUGAUUAUUGGAAAUUUAAUUAUUUCAAAAUGUAGAAAAAAAGUAAUAAUUGUAAAAACUUGAGUAAAAAUUUAAGAUCAAUGGAAUUUAUUUAUAGAAAGAACGUUUUGAAUGAUUGGAACAGGGGUUAACAGGGAGCUAUGUAUAGAAGAUCAACUUAUAAAAAUGGUAUGUGUUUGUAUACAAGAGUUGUGGAUCAGGCCUGUGUCAGUCUAUUAGGACAAGGGCAAUGUCCUGCAAUGUCACAAGGUCAUGGCAGAAUGUCAGAGGUCACAGGAUGUUCCACAACUAGAGUACUAGUGUUACUGUCAUGCUACCACAUCUGAGAACGGUGCCUGUAUACAAACCCCUACUGAUCAACAGUUGACUUGUAUCAAAGUAUUGUGUUAGCCUAUAACAUACACGUGUGCUAUUUAUAGACCAGUGUCACAAAGCCUAUAUACUGCACAGGUAAAUCAACGAAACUGAAAGUAUGUGUGGGGUUUUCACUUUUGCCAGUCUUCUCAACUAGACCCUAAUGAAAUGCAUUUUUUUUCGACGAGGCCUCGGUAGUUACAACAGCUGGCAACACAACAUAUGGUCACAGCUCGCAUGGUACAAAAUCAUAUGAAAUCCAGAGGUAUGCAAGCAAUAGGACACUUACUGUGAAUGCAUGUUGUGGCUAUUUCGGAUUAGACUACAGUAUUAUGACGUGAUACAAGGACCAUCCAAUGCCAUGGAAAUGGUCAAUUGUUUUGAAGAAGCAUAGCGUCAAACAAACUAUCUUGGCAACCCUGUAUUUUCAACAUGCUGUGGAGAGAAUGUUGAGAGCUUUGCUGAACAAUGAAGGUGUAAACUUGAUUUUUCAACCGCCAUAUUCCCCACAAUUCAAUGUUGUGGAGCACGUAUUUCAUGCUAUAAGAUACCGUCUCCGAAACGAUGUGCUAUUUACAGAGAACUUCACAGAAUUGUCCGUUUUGACAUCAUUAGGAAAUAUUCCCAAAUACGAGCUAAGGAAUUAUUUCACCUCGUGUGGCUAUGUAUAAUGUACAAGUACAACGUUCUGAUUACAAAAAUUAAAAGUGUAUGACAUGCAUAAAUGUAUUUGUAUAGAAUCCGAUUUUAGAUUGUGCACGUUAGGUACAAUAAAAAGCUGAACAGAUCAGGUGUAGGUGUAUUAGCCUACAGCGACACUGGUCUAUAAAUAGGACACACGUAAGUUUGGUUAACACAAUACUUUGAUACAAGUCAACCGUUGAUCGGUAGGGGUUUGUAUACAUGCAUCAUUCUCAGAUUGGGGAGCAUGAUAGCAAUGUAGUUAUUGGUGUGAAACAAUGAAGGUGUUAUCGCCCAGUACGGGAGACACACACUGGGCACUGGUGAGGAAUAAUUGUAUGUGUAUGAAUUAUGUUACAUAGUUAUGAUUAUGAUAUAAUUAUGAUGAUACUUGCAAUUAUUUUCCAUUUUAUUUUUCCUGGAUUCUUUUUGUUUAGUUAAUUAUUGCAAGGAAGACGUUUGUUUUGAGGUAAACAAUGAGGAACUGUUUUAUGUUUCCUUCUGUUUUGUUUUAGGAGUGUUGAUAUGAUUGUAACCAUGGUAAUACAUCAACUAGGGCAUUACUAUCUUAAGUGGCUGGAAUCUCUUUAACCUCAAUAUAUAUAUUGUAAAAAGCAUGAAACCGUUUACAGAUUCGAAGGAAAGUACAUUAAUCUAUGUUCAUAUUACCAGUACUUAAUUUGAUGAUCUCUAAAAGUGCUGUGUUAAAUAGGUUGUUAUUUAUUAAUCAUUUUCCUGGAAAAAUAUGAUAUUUUGGUGAACUAUUGAAUUAUGAUAUUGAAAUAAUUUAUCAAAGAAAUUUUUUAAUAACUGCAUGAGACUUCCCAUGAUGUGUUAAUAUGUAUGCCACUAAUCAAGCACUUCUGAUAUAAGAAAUUGGCCUAAAUGUUGCCAUGGUUAUGUAAUCAUGUUUUACCACAGGAGGCUGCUAGGAUCACUUCAUCUAUCAGGGGAAAUCCUGGAAAUCACACAGUUAUUUGUGAAAACAUCCAGUUUGGUUUGGGCCUGUAUUUUUGUGAAUGCUUCAUCAGAUUGUUGGGGCCUGUGGUCCUAAGUUUGAUAAAGAAUUAAUGAGUAUGUGUAUAUGGUUAAACCAACCAGCAAUGCUGUAGUUAAGAACAGCCCAUUCAUGUAUAUAGUCACACCAACCAGCAACGCUGUAGUUAAGAACAGCCCAUUCAUGUAUGUGGUCACACCAAUCAGCAAUGCUGUAGUAAAAUUCAACUCAUUGGUGUAUGUGGUUAAACCAAACAGCAAUGCUGUAGUCAUGAACAUCCCAAUCACGUACAUGUAUAUGGUUACACCAACCAGCAUUGCUCUAUUUAAACUCAACCAAUUCGUACACGUGUAUAUGGUUAAACCAAACAGCAAUGCUGUAAAUAAGUACAACCCAUUCAUGUAUAUGGUUUCACCAACCAGCAUUGCUCUAUUUAAACUCAACCCAUUGGUGUAUAUGGUUAAACCAAACAGCAUUGCUGUAGGCACAACUCAUUUGUUUGUAGGGUAAUGUCCACUAGCAUACUGUGGUCGGCAAACUAAUCAUUAUCACCUAGCAACAAAAGUAAAUGAGGUUGUAUCUAUAUCCACAAUGCGACCACACAUAAAAGGAGACGUUUUAUUGUUCUUAGCACCCUUGUGUAAUGUACAGUUAAACCUAACAAUGUUAGAUGGUACCAAGUUUACAGAAAAGAGACUUACGUAAGUCAACAUUUCCUGAAGGGAAAUAUUUGAAAUAUGUGAUUGUGGAAGUACAUUUAGUGAAAAUUUUGACAAAACAUUCUGAUGUGGUGACAAACCUUUAGUAGCUAGAGAUGUUGACCCUCCUGUGGUUGUGUGCGAGGUUUACUGAUUGUGUGGACUCCUGCAGUGCUGGCUGUCUGGCCGGCCUUGUUCAUGAUCUUUAUCUCAAUUACAUUGUAUGAUACAAAACAUGUUAUUCUAGGUAAUUCUCAAAAUAUUUUUGCAUAACCAGAACAUUUUCUAACUACUAACAUUACUUAUUAAUCUUCCAGUAAAAAAUGCUUAAAUCUUCCAGAAAAAAUGCUUAACUACUACUACAUUACUUAUAAUUCUCAUCUUAUUGAUAUUAACUAGGAUUGGGUCAAACUAACUAUUGAACAACAGUAAGUUUACAUUCAGGUCGACACAAUAUUUUGUGGUAUGUUAUGAAAGAGGUUGGAAAUGUACAGUAAAUCAACCAUAAUGUGUGUGUAUGUUGUAAAGAAGUUACUAUUCCUUUGAAACAAAUAAAAAUUUACAUCUCUGUAAAGAAUCUGAUUAUUCACUAAAACACAUUUGGAAGAUAUUUAUAUGUUUCUAUGAAAAAAAAAGUUUUAAAAAAUGAGUAAUAUUCUUUUUAACCAUAUGAAAACUUGCAACUAUGAAGAAUUUGAUAUGUCACUGUUUUUUAUUAUAGAUUACUCUAUACAAUAUAUGGGUUCUUCAUUUUACAUUUUAUGGACUACAUGUCCUGAGCAAUUUCACAUUCACAGCUUGACAAAGGAACCAUUUGGUUUUCGAAACACAUCAACACAGUAAAUGCAUUUUCUUUUACGAAACUCUUUGAUCUUGUAAACAUAUUAUUCCUUUGCUUUUUAGCUCUCUAUCAUUAGCAGAUACUGAUAAAAUCAAGUUUUAAUUCCUUCUAAGUUGUUAGUGAAAAAAAAGUUAUGUUAUUGUGUUUUGUAUUUCUAACAGAAUUUCUUUUAGUGAAUACAUAAAAAAAAAAAAAUAUUUAUUUCUUUUUAGUUUUUCUUUAUGAAUUGUGCUGGUACACUUUGCAGAAUAUAUAUAGCUUGUCGAGUAAAACUGGACAAUACCUUCAGUACUGGUAGUGUUUGAACCCAUACAACCUAUUAUUAUACCAUAUGAUUAAUUCUUGUGACAAUUGUGUCAGGUUUACUUUUUAUAUUAUUUUUCAUAUAUUUUGAAUACUGUCUCAAAUUGGGCAUUUCAAUAUUUUGCAUUUAAUAGAUUCUUAGUGUAAUUAGUGUCAAAUGAUUCCUUAUAGAUCCAUUUUACAGUUGUACUCAACACAAACAGAACCAUAUGAGGCACUGGUGGAAUGGACUCACUAAUUAUCUUCAUUGUCGUUCCACAAGAAGUCCUUCUUAAGUAUGGCCAGUUCUAUCUAUUGUGACAGCAGAUGCUGUAUUAUCACAAGAGACUUUAAAAUUGAGUAAAUAUCUUGAUAUACAACUGAUAUAUGGCUUUAUCAGGUGGGACAUUAAUUGCAUUUUGGAUGGAUAUCAACUUUUUCUGCUGUCUGCUCUACCCAAGCCUCUCCUUAAUGUGCCUUUUACAGUUCAAAGUUCUAUCAGUUAGACCAAUCAUUGGUGCUCUCUUAGGACAGCAGCUUUGUUUUACCCCUGCUGACAAGUACCACCUUAAAUCAUGAUGUUCUACAUUAGGAGUUAGUCAAUAACAGUAUUCCCUCUCCAAUGGGAGCUUACCAGGCUAAGUGGAGAAUUGAUUUACAUUAUUCUGAAGUAAUUUCAUUUAUGUCACUGAAUAUUAGCCAGAUAAAUAUUAUGCCCCCCCCCAUAUACCCGACAGCCACAUUCCUUCCCUCCACCAGCACUGCAGGAGUCCUUGUAUGAGAGUUGAAAUUAACUAGCUUUGGCUAUUGGCUAGCAUUUGAAAUGUUUCCCUAAUUAUUUUGUAUUACAAAUCUAAAUGCUUUAAUGUUUUGAAAGAUGAGUAUUGUAUAUUUAUGUAUACCAUAGGCGUUUCCAGAGGUGAGGAUUCAGGGGCAAAUAAUCAGUUUGUGCCAAGGUUGAGACCUUUCCAUUCUGAAUAUUAUACAAAAUAAUUUUUAAAAACUGGAAAAUCACCAAUUAUUAAUUUCCUUGUUAACUGUUAUUUUUUUCCUUUAUCAAUUCGUGAUGCAGUCAAACAAGCCUAGUUCGAAAAUAUGGUUCAAAAAGAACACUUUUUUGGAUUAAUUUUGUGAAAAGUUUGUAGAUUUUACAAACUUAUAUUGAUAAAACAUAAUGCCCGUAAUAUUUAUAUUAUUACUGUUUUCUGUGUCAUUGUCAACAGCAGUCGGUAUACCUUGGAAAUAAAAUGCUUACUGAAUAAA